AUGAGCCGGCCGGUGAUGACUCAGCCUCAGCAGCUCUUCGUUUCCUCGCUGGAAGCUGAUUGGGCUUCAGGGAUCUGCGACUGCUGCGACGACAAGAAGCAAUGCUGCUUCGCCUUCUGGUGCUGUCCCUGCUUCGCCUGUCGAACCACCAAACAGUUCGGUCAGUGUCUCUGUCUCCCCCUGCUGGACGUGUUCGGCUGCGUCCGUCCCAUCACGAUGUCCAUCAGGGUGUCGCUGCGUCAGCGCUACGGCAUCAAAGGGAACCUCUGCACCGACUGUUUGUGCUCCACCUUCUGUCUGCCCUGCGUUUGGUGUCAAAUGGCCACCGAGAUGAAGAAGCAGAAGCUCCCCACCAUGUUCAGUGACAUCAUCAGCCAGUGAUGAUGUCAUCAGCGUGAAGUCAUUGCCCCAGACCGGGCUC